AUGAAGUUUUCCGUCGCCGUCGCUACCAUCGCCGUCAUGGUCGCCUCUGCCCUGCCCAUCCACAACUUCCAGAAGCGAGAAAUCGGAGGUAUCCUCACAUGCACCGGCGUCAACGCCACUGGUACUUGCCACUACGAGGUCUACGAGCUGGACAAGUGCCACCAGCUCCCGGAGCCCUUCCAUGCCAACAUCAACACCUUUGCUCCCGAUGGCGAGGCCUUCUCUUGCUACCCGCGCACCACGGACUGCGACGGCAUCUGCCGUAGCCCCACAGGAUGCACCUUUGGCUCCGUGGACUUCAACUACGAGCACAAGUACGACCUCGGCGCUAUCCACUGGAACACGCUCUUCAAGAGCUUUGACUGCUCGGCCAAGAAGUGGUCAAACAGCACCAGCACCAGCACCAGCACCAGCAUCACCAAGAGGACCGCAUAG